AGACGUAUCUUUGGAACGCUCCAGUUAAACUGCCAAAUUUAUAAAGAACUAAACCUUUCUGCAACCUGCAAGCGACUUUAAAGCAAAGACUGGCACCAAAAAUACCACUGUUGAUGAAGACAACAUUUCUGCUACGCUGGUUACUGCUUACACUAAUACCACAAAAUAAAAAUAAUAACAUCAGCUGGCCUUGUCCUUCAUACAUAGUGCUGACAAAAUAACGAUUAAAACCGAUAAUAGUCCGAAAAAAUUAUCGAUAAAUUUAAACAGCGUUGCCAAUUGACAAUUAAAAUCCGUUACAUUGUACAUAAUUUGAAAAAAUGCAACGUACUCCACCACAUACACCAGCAGCUGCUACCCAGCAAACAAUUACAGGUCAGUCGUCGAAACGCAACCGAUUGGAAGUAUCACCAGGAAAUUUGAGCGAUACACCUGUAGCUUCAAGUGGUCUUUCUCAAUUAGAACUUAUAAAAGUAAUAACUAAUACAAUAAAUUCAAAUUUGGAUGAGAAGCUAAAAACACUGUCGACAAAAGCAGACAUAGCGGAGGUCAAAAUGGAAAUAGGAGCAAUAAAUUCAGAAUUAAAUCACUUAAGAUUGGAAAACCAGCAGUUAAAAACUGAGUUAAUUAAAGUAAAACGAGAAUGUGAAGAAACCAAAAAAGACAUGAUUUGGAUGCAAGAGCAAAUAAGAAGCAACAAAGUUUUAAUUAGGGGUUUAAAUGCGUCCAACGAACCGGCAGCGGAAAUUAAUAAUUUAUUCACAAAUAAGUUGCAAAUUAGCCCUGUGAUAAAAUAUGCUCGCAAAAUAUUUGAAAGAAGUGGGAAAAUGAACGUGGUAGUUGAGUUCAACAGCCACCAGGGGGUAGAUGAUGUGUUCCGAAACGUCAGAAAAUUGAUUGGCUCGAACAUAUACAUAGAACGCGAUCUUAUACCAACAAAGCGACAAAUUAAGAAAGCUUCACUACUUCUAAAAUAUAAAAUAAUGGCAAUUAGCAAACAGCAUCGAAUCAUUGUGCAGGAGAACAAACUUAAAAUUAAAGAUACCUGGUUUCAUUGGGAUAGAGAACAUAAAUUAAUGGCCGGAAAAAACGAUGCAAAACAUGAACUUUUAAAGCUAUAUGGAGAUUGCAUGGAACAGUUUGAUACUGACUAUGAAACUCUGCUAACCGAAUUGAAUUCAAAAAACUAAUGAAAGUAAAUAAUAUAUCAUCACAAAAACUUUCAAUAAUAGCAUAUAAUGUAAACGGAAUAGAAAAUAAGUACAUGUAUCCAUCUUUUUUCAACUAUGUUUGCAAACACGAUGUCAUUGCACUAACAGAAACACAUAUAACAGAAAAUAAAGUUCAAAAUAUAAAAAAGUACUUCCCAGGGUUUGAGUUGCAUUUUGUACCUGCCACCAGAGAUUUUAAUUUUGGGCGAGCUAUUGGUGGCCAAAUUAUUGGAAUAAAUAAAACCGUUGCACAUAUGGGUGUUAAAUAUAAAAAAUUUAAUCAUGGAAGUACAGAAUAUUAUGAAUUCUACACCCAGAAAGAACAAAUUUUUAAUAUUAUCCCUCAGUACUGGAGACCUGCGCAGUGGACAAAUGCAUAUACCAAUAUCCUCAAAUUAUUUGAAGAAACAGAUCUUAUAAGACCGAUUCUUAUUGGAGAUCUUAACGCCAGGAUAGGAGAGUUAACACAAGAUGUAAAUGAAAUUUAUGAUCAAUUAUUUACGGCAGGAACUGAAAUACGAAAAUCGAACGACAAAAAGGUGGAUAGAAAAGGCAAACAACUCGUCGAAUUAUGCACAAAUAAUAAUUUAUUAAUUUUAAAUGGGAGAACAUGUGGCGAUGAAGAAGGAUCUCUUACUUUCAUUAAUUCUAUUGGUAAAUCUGUAAAUGACAUUUGUGCAGUGUCUCAAGAAAUUCUAAGUCUUGUAAAUGAGUUCAUUGUAGAAGACAAAACAUGGUCGGAUCACUUGCCAAUAAAACUAAACAUCUCAAUACAGACUUACAAUAAAGUAAAUAAAAAUCUUAAUUUAUUACCAAAACUCUCAUGGAAAAAUAGCAACA